AUGGCAAGCCAUCAUCAAGAUCCCUUAACCAUUUCCCCUAAACCAAGUGUAACCGAAAAGCAACAACUUGACGAAGAAACGGUGAGCUUGCAAGCAGAGAGGAUCUUGUACAUCAUGGCUUUCCCCAUGGUUCUCAAAUCCGCCUUGGAGCUUGGCGUCAUCGACACAAUCGCUGCGGUAGAUGAAGGUGAGUGGCUCUCGGCUUCCGAGGUUGCGCUUCGUCUCCCAACCAAACCCACCAACCCGGGGGCACCGGUUUUAUUGGACCGGAUGCUGGUUUUACUAGCAAGUCACUCGAUCUUGAAGCAUCGUACGGCUGAAAACGGAGAAACCGGAAAGACCGAGAGGGAAUAUGCAGCUGAACCGGUUUGCGCUUUUUUCUUGAACCGUAGAGACGGCUCCGGUUCUUUCGCAUCUACGUUCAUGUUAACAGUAAGCGAAGUUGCUUUCAAUACUUGGAUACAUCUCAAAGAUAUGAUAUUAGAUGGAAAAGAUGCAUUCACAUCUGCUCAUGGCAUGAGACUUUUCGAAUACACUGGUUCGAAUGAACAAUUUGCUCAGAAGUUUAACCAGGGAAUGUCAGAAGUUUCUACCAUGACCAUGAAGAAAGUUCUAGAAGUUUACAAGGGAUUCGAAACUGUAAAUACUUUAGUGGAUGUCGGAGGAGGAAUUGGAACCGUUAUAGGUCUAAUCAUUUCCAAGUAUCCUCAUAUUAAGGGCAUUAAUUUUGAUCUAACCUCGGGUUUAGCCCAUGCUCCUUCUUAUCCAGGAGUGGAGCAUGUUUCAGGAGAUAUGUUUACAGAAAUUCCAAAAGGAGAUGCUAUUUUCAUGAAAUGGAUACUACAUGAUUGGACCGAUGAAGAUUGUGUAAAAAUUCUAAAAAACUGUUGGAAAAGUCUUUCGGAAGGAGGAAAGGUGAUAAUAGUCGAGAUGAUUACACCGGUAAAACCUAAGAUCAAUGAUUUUUCUUCUAAUAUAGUGUUUGCCAUGGACAUGUCUAUGUUGGCACAAUGCUCUGGUGGUAAAGAGAGGUCCUUUUCACAGAUAGAAACUCUUGCCCUUAAGUCGGGGUUUCUUCGUUGUGAAAUCAUAUGCUAUGCCUAUUCAUAUUGUGUUAUCGAAUUCUACAAAUAA